AGGAGGGGAGAGGGGAGAGGCAGUCAGAGGUGUCUCUUCACCACUCUGGUUCACACAAGUUUAGCGGUAGCGCGCUAGGUACUCAGAACACUCUUUUGACAGUGUGUGAGCGUGAGUGUAUUUGUGAGUCCUCACCAUGGAGCCUACUCCAGACGGCUACAGUUGUUCACCGCUGCUCCUCUCUUUGCUGUCCAAGGAUUCCUAAAGGCUCCCAAGAAGAACAGAGAGAAGACGGACUGAGAGAACACUGAGAGAGAGAGUUAAAGCGUGGGGUGAAAGCGGGGGACUUCACUCAAGCGACCGUUUGGGGCGAUAGAGGGAGACUUUACCUGAGGAACGGAUUUGGAGAAACUCAGGGUGUGGAGGGCGCAUGGAAAAGCUGAAUAUGGCUUUUCCAAACGAUGUCUUCCUGUUGGCCACCACCAUCCUCCUCCUCAAUACAGGGGUCUGUGAUGGGAGCAAAGCAAAGGGGAAAGACAGCUCACCCUUCCGGUUCACGCAUCACCUCUACAACACCACCAUCAAGGAGAACUCUGCCCCUCGGACAUAUGUAGAGACGCCAGUCAAGAUGGGCAUCCAAUUGGCCGAUUCUUCCUGGGACAUCAAGUACAGUCUAGUCACCGGGGAUGGCGAUGGUCUUUUCCAAGUUGAAUCUUUAACGAUCGGGGAUAUCUGUUUCCUGCGGAUUCAAACACGCAGAAGUAACUCUGCGCUUCUGAACAGAGAGGUGCGGGACAGUUACGUCCUCACCGUGGAAGCCACCGAGAGCACUCAUGACUUCAAGGCCAAGACCAAGGUGUCCGUCCUAGUGCUUGACACCAACGACCUGAAGCCCCUUUUCCUUCCGGCCUCUUACAACGUCGCUAUCAGAGAAGACACCCCCCUAAGGACGAGCGUGGCAAGGGUCAGUGCCACCGAUGCUGAUAUCGGGAGUAACGCCCAAUUCUAUUAUUCCUUCACCAGCAGAGCCCAUCCGUUUUCCGUGGAUCCUUUCACAGGGAUUGUCAGCCUUGCAAAGAAGCUAAACUAUUCCCGUUCGGCUCAUUACCAACUUACCAUCCUAGCCGAGGACAGGACGAAGAAGAUCUCCGGUGUUCAAAAGUUUGGCAAUGUUGCUCGGGUAUCAGUGAAGGUUCAGAAGGCCAACAUUGCCUCUCCUGUAAUCCCACCUGUUGGAAAGCAAGUGUUUUUGGCUGAUGGGAAAAUAUCAGUGAGUGUCCUUGUGGAGGCAGGCAUAAAGCCAGUGGAAUCCUUAAGUAUUGUUGGAGGGGACCCUCACAAGUGUUUUGAAAUUGUCCCCGCAGGAGUAGAAGCUGGGAGAUUUCAGUUGAUCUCAACCAAGAGGAUUAUGUGGCAUCAGUUUCCGUUUGGACUGAACCUGUCCCUUCAAGCUAAAGACAGCGGCUCUCCCCCCUUACUGUCAUCUGUUACCGUGAUCCACAUUCCUCAAGAUAACUCCACCCGCCUUGCUUUCCUUGAAGACACUUACAUUGUUACACUUAGUGAGUUUUCCCCGCUAAAGACUCAUGUGGUCAUGGUUUCUGUAAACCCAGGCUCCUUAAAUGUCACAUUUAGCAUCAAGAACAACCCAGACAGCAAGAGUUUCAAAAUAAACCCCAAAACAGGGAUUAUUGUCACAACCAAAAAAUUUGACUAUGAAAGAAAGAACCGUUAUGAGUUUGAUGUAAUGGCUAACCAUGGGCAAGCUGAAACUCACGUAGUGGUGGAGAUAACUGAUGAAAACGACAACAGCCCAACAUUUUCCCAGGUUUCCUACAAGGCCUCUGUGGCGGAAAACGGCCCCGUCGGCAGCAGUGUCAUACAGGUUGUUGCCGAAGACCAAGACAAAGGUAAAAACGGCAUCAUAACCUACGCCAUCGCCAACACCGACACCAUACCGUUCACCAUCGACCCCUUCACAGGCCUGAUCUCAACAUCUGAACACCUGGACUAUGAGCGGAUGAAGCGUGUGUUCCAUCUCAGGGUGUGGGCCCUUGACAGUGGGAGUCCAUUCAGCCACGUCAGCGAGUGUGCAGUGACCAUCACCAUGAGCAACGCAAACGACAACAUACCACUGUUAGAGAGGGUCGGCUGCAACUCCACUGUGCCGCUACAUUUACCCGUUGGGAACCCCGUCGUUGAGCUGUCCGCCAUUGAUCUUGACGAGCUCAAUCAGCUCAGCUACGUCAUCGAGUCCGGGAACGAGCUUCAACUGUUUUCUAUCAACUCUGUGACUGGACUCAUCACGUUGAACCAGCCUAUUAACCCUGUUUUAGUGGGACAUUCUUUAUCUCUGAGAGUCAGAGCCACAGACGGGAAACACCACUCAGAACCUUCUGUGGUCAGCAUCAUUCUAACCGAGGAAGGGACCGAUGCUACCAUUCGCUGUCAGGAGACAGGCAUCUCCAGACAUCUGAAGGAUCAACUGAUAGAGUCUAUCAAGCCAGGUUUAAUGGAGCAGGAUGAGGAGUCUUACUCCGAUGUUCACAUCAUUAACAAACACUCUCCAAGGUUUGAGUCGAGCAUGACUUCCUCCAUCGACCUGUCAGAGGACUACCCCCUCAAUUCCACCAUUGUUAAAUUCAUGGCCACGGACAAUGACACUGGUUUCAACAGCAAGCUUGUGUAUGCUAUAUCCAGUGGCAACGAGGAUGGUUGUUUUUCUAUAAGCACCUUCUCCGGAGAACUCCAAUUAGUUUGCCCCUUGGACAGAGAGAGCAGAGAGUUUUACAUCCUGAACAUAACCGUUUACGAUUUGGGGAUACCUCAAACAUCCUCGUGGAAAUUCAUGGCGGUGAACGUGCUGGACGUCAAUGACAACGCUCCCUUCUUUGAUCAGCCGAGAUACGUGGUGCGCGUCCCAGAGAACACAGAAGUGGACGUCAGUGUAUUUAAAGCACAUGCUGUAGAUCUAGACUCUGAGGCCCGUGGUACUAUCCAGUAUUCCCUCCGUUCAUCUUCUGAGGUAUUUAAAGUUGAUGGGCUUACCGGAGAGGUCAGAGUGACGGCAAAUCUGGAUAGAGAGUCAACACCUAGAUAUGAUCUCCAGAUCGAAGCAAGAGAUCAGGCCGAUGUUGGCCAACAGCUGUAUUCCACCAUGGAUCUGGUUGUGGUGUUGCAGGAUGUCAACGACAACCCACCAAAGUUUGUCCCCAGAACCUACAAAAUAAAAGUCCCCGAAGAUGUCCCUGUGGGCACUGUGUUGGUUUGGGUGGACAGUGUUGAUCUCGACCAGGGAAGUGGAGGCCUCAUCACCUAUAACCUCAAGAACACAGAGAGCGGGAUCUUUAACCUGGACGCCUCUACAGGGUCCUUGACACUGGAGAAGGAGCUGGACUUCGAGAGAAGGCCGUCUUACAACCUCACUGUCCGUGCCGUGGACCAUGGCCUCCCUCGUUCCCUCUCCUCUUCAUGCUUUGUGGAGAUUCAGGUUCUGGACGUCAACGAGAACAUCCACCGGCCCACGUUCUCCGAGUUCGUGUACGAGGCCGCCGUGAUGGAGGACGCCGCGGUAGGGACUUCUGUCUUGACGCUCACCGCAUCAGACAAGGACCUGGGCCGGGACGGAACCCUACGGUAUCAUAUCCAGGAUGGAUCGGGCCUGGGAGUCUUCACCAUCGAUGAGGAAACAGGUGUGAUCCGUACGACAGUAGCGCUGGAUCGCGAGGCCGUCCCCAACUACUGGCUCUCGGCCUAUGUGACGGACCUGGGCACGGAGCCAUUGGCGUCGUGGACCCAUGUCUUCCUGGAGGUCCUUGACGUCAACGAUAACCCCCCCGAGCUGUCCCAGCCGGUCUACUCCGCCACCAUCCCGGAGAAUGCUGCCAAGGCCCGGCAAGUCCUGCAGCUCCACGCCUCAGACGCAGACUCCUCGUCUGAGGGGAAGCUAUCCUACCACAUGCUGGAGUCCCAGCGCACCUACUUUGACAUCCAGCCCAAGACAGGUGUGAUCCUGACACUGGCUGAACUAGACCGGGAAGAUAAAGAGGAACACACUAUAGAGGUCAUAGUCUCAGACCACGGGUCUCCAGCGCUGAGCUCCACCGCCACAGUGAUCAUCCGGGUCCUGGACCAGAACGACAACCGGCCGAAGUUCACCGACAAGCUGUUCCACAUCACGCUGCCCGAGCAGCGGGCGCACGCCAACACGCAGGAAGUGUGCCGCAUGGUUGCCCGCGACGACGAUGCGGGCACAAACGCAGAAGUCACCUACAGUCUCCAUGACAACACGGACGACAGGUUCCAGGUCGACCCGCGCACCGGGGCAGUAACGUCCCAGGGCCCCUUUUGGGCGGGAAACUAUAGCAUCCUCACGAUCAAAGCCACAGACGGCGGUAGACCGUCGCAGUCGUCGACCGCACGCCUGGACGUGGAGUGGGUCGCCGUGCCGACAGCCUCCUCCGAGCCAAUGACAUUCGACGAGCCGCAGUUCACUUUCGCCGUCAUGGAAACCGAGCCUGUCACUCACAUGGUCGGUAUUAUCAUGACGGAGACGCACAGGUUGAGGUGGUUCACCAUCACAGGGGGUGAUGAAGAUCAUGACUUUGACAUUCAGAGGAACAUGGGCACCAUCCUCAUCGCCCGCCGCCUGGACGCCGCUCGGCGCUCUAACUACAACCUGACCGUCAGCGUCACGGACGGACAUCACACCGCCACCACACAGGCCUACAUCCGUGUAAUCGACAUGAACCAGCACCGCCCCGCCUUCCUGAAGUCGCUGUACGAGGUCCGUGUCCCAGAGGACACCUCUCCCUGGAAGGACGUCCUGCAGGUCAGUGCAGAGGAUCAGGACUUCAACAGCAAGCUAGUCUACUCCAUCCACAGCAGCCUCCACCCUGACAGCCUCAAGUACUUCCACCUGGACCCCAAGAGCGGAGUGCUGGUCCUGACCGAGGCGCUGGACUACGAAGACAUCACUGUCCAUACACUCGUCAUCAUGGUCCGCGACCAGGAUAUCCCGGUAAAGAGGAACUUUGCGAGGGUGAUGGUGUAUGUGGAGGACUGCAACGACCAUUCCCCCAUAUUCCUGAGUCCCCGCUUUGAGGCUAUCCUCUCCAACAUGGCGGCCACGGGGUCGCAGGUUAUUCAGGUCAAGGCGCUGGACAAGGACACGGGCAGCAACGCGGACAUCGCCUAUUCUCUGCACUCCGGUAACAUCGACCAUCUCUUCUCCAUUGACCAAGUGCUGGGAUCCAUCAGUUUAACCAAACCUUUGGACCUCCAUCCCCAAGAGAAGUUCCAGCUGACUGUGAAGGCCACCGACCAGGGCUUCCCUCAGCGUAGCGACGUCUGCUCCCUCCACAUCUCCGUCCUCAUCUCUGAACAAACCCCUCCAGCCUUUACAUCCGAGGAGUACUUUGCUGAGAUUAGUGAGCUCAGCUCUCCUGGAUCGUUGCUGGUGACCAUUUCCGCCUCAAGCCCGGCAGCAGUACACUAUGGUGUCAAAAGCGGCGACCCCAAUAGGACUUUUCAAAUUAACCCUUACACCGGUUCAAUUUCCGUCCUGAAGCACUUGGACUUUGAGAAACACGACUCGUAUAAGCUCCGUGUGACGGCCUCCACUUCGGCCGGGGCAUUGUCCGAGGCGGUCGUCCACGUCUACGUGAUCGACGAGAACGACAACGCUCCCGUCUUCCAGCAGCGGGAGUACCGGGGGCAGAUCAGUGAGGCUGCUCACGUCAACAGCAUGGUGAUGGGAGAGGGCAACACCCCGUUGGUCAUCCAGGCCUUGGACGCAGACCGAGACUCAAACUCACUGUUGGUCUAUCACAUUGUGGAACCAGAGGCGCUUAACGUUUUCAAGAUAGACCUCAACAUGGGCACACUGUCUUUAGCGUCACCAGUUGAUUUCGAGGCCAAGGCCGUGCAUCAUUUCAGUGUGCAGGUGAAGGACUCUGGGGAGCCAUCGAGGUAUGCUGAACAUGCUGCCAAGGUCACCGUUCACAUUAUGGACCUGAAUGACUCCCCGCCACAGUUCACAGCACCGGAAUACGAGGCAUCCAUCAUCUUCCCAGCUGUCAUAGGCACAGAGGUUUUACAGAUUUCGGCCGUUGACGCUGACUCGGAAAUCUCCUAUUUCAUCACAGAGGGCAAUCUUCACGAUGCCUUUUCAAUCCACCCCAAGACUGGAGUCAUCCGCGUGAUUGAUAGCCUUGAAUACAGGCCGCUUUAUGAGCUUGUUGUGAAAGCUACCGAUGGGCUCUAUAAAGACUCUGCUAUUGUCAAGGUGCAUUUAUUUAACUUGACAGCAAGUGGCCUUGGAUUUAGGGAGAAAUCCUAUUCAGCCAGGGUUGUGGAGAACCAAUCAUUGGUUAAAACAUUAGCAGCCCUCAGACCCACUGGCUGCCACCGGAACGAACCUCUUGUGUUUACCGUUCUGAACCCGAAGGGUCGGUUCACCAUAUCCCAAACGUCAGGUAUUCUUGAAACCACAGGUGUCCCUUUUGACAGAGAGGAGCAGGACAUGUACGAGGUAGUAGUUGAGGUUCGUGACCUGAGGGUACCACCUAGAAGGACCAAAACCCAGGUCAAGGUCUACAUAGACGACGUGAAUGACAAUGCCCCACAGUUUCUCAACCUGCCGUUCUCCAUGUUGGUCUCAGAGGACUCGGAGCCAGGGGAUGUUUUAUAUCAGGCGAUGGCCAAUGACAGAGAUCUUGGAGAAAAUAAAUCCAUCAUCUACUCCCUCGAGGAAGACUUUGGUCUGUUCAGGAUCGACCCUAGGGUGGGGGAUGUGUCCCUUCAACGACCCCUUGACUUUGAUGUUCUGAACAAGUAUGUCCUCACCAUCCUGGCCGAGGAUAACGGUGAACCCAGUCAUAGCACAACAGCACAGCUCAGCAUCCAAUUGAGAAACCGAACAAAUCCUGUUUUCCAGACAUUGCUUUAUCCUCUUAAAGUCCCAGAGAACGUUCCUCCCUUCACCACCAUUUUACACGUGCAGGCUAGGAAUCCAGAGGGCUAUCGGCUCAUUUAUAGCUUGGAGGAGGACAACAGUACGAAACAUUUCCAUAUAGACUUCAAAACAGGAGUGCUAACUGUUACAAACCCGUUGGACUACGAGAGCCAGUCCAUGCAUGUUUUGACUGUGCGUGCCACCGAUUCUGUGACAGGAGCUUUCUCUGAAGCCUCCGUUGAAAUUGAAGUGGAGGACGUAAAUGACAAUGCUCCGAUUUUCUCAAAGUUACCGUUCUCUGUGGACAUUCCGGAGGGCCUUCCUGUCGGCAGCUCCGUUUUACAGGUAUUUGCCUCAGACAGGGAUUCUGAGAGAAAUAAAGAUCUGAUGUUCCAAAUGGUAAAAACAGAAGGGAACGAGACAGAUUUCUUUGAGUUAGACCCGGACACUGGACUCAUUGUAAACACUCAGAUACUGGAUCAUGAAACCACCAAGCAAUUUCAUUUAAAAAUCAAAGUAACUGACAAUGGCACCGUUCCUCUUAGCACUGAGGCCAAUGUCGUCGUUAACGUCACUGACGUCAACGAUAACCCACCAAACUUUGCUGAUUCCCAGUAUGAUGUAUCACUGGACGAGAUGGCAAAGUGUGGGCACAUCGUUAUCAAAAUUCAGGGCUCGGAUCCAGACGACAAGGAUUUGAAUGACCUCAAGUACAGAAUCCUGUCCGGAAACGAAGCCCGGCAUUUUAACAUCAACGAAUCCUCUGGGCUUAUCUCCUUCUCUAAUGUAUGUAAGAGAAAUCUGAACCCCUACUACAACCUGACGGUGGCUGUAUCAGAUGGAGUCUUCCAGAACACAGCACCAGUGAAUAUAGAAAUGAUGAACAGUAACCGACACAGUCCCUACUUCAAACAGAACCUCUAUGAGGCAGAGCUGGCCGAAAACGCAGACGCUGGAACACGUGUGAUCCGCUUGGCGGCCAUAGACCCCGACGACGGGCCGUACGGCAGUGUGGACUACACCAUCAUCAACAAACUAGCGGAUGACAAGUUUGCCAUCGACAGCAAUGGGCAGAUUAUCACAACACAGCCGCUCGACCGAGAGAACCCGACCCAGAGAGUGGUCGCCAUUAAGGUGAUGGCUAAAGACGGAGGCGGGAGGGUGGCGUUCUGCACGGUGAAGAUCAUCCUCACCGACGAAAACGACAACGCGCCCCUCUUCAAGGCCACAGAGUACCAGGUGUCCAUCCAGUCCACCGUCAACAAGGGUUCCCCCGUCAUCCAGAUCAUGGCCUACGACGCAGACGAGGGUAAGAACGCAGACGUCACCUACAUGGUGGACGAGGCGGAGGAGGUGACGGAAGACAUCAUCGAGGUCAACCCUUUCACCGGCGUGGUCAGCAUCAAGGAAAGUCUGGUGGGCAUGGAGAACAAGAUCUUCAACUUCAAGGUGAAGGCCCGUGAUGGGGGGCUUCCCUUCUACAACUCGACGGUCCCCCUUCAGGUGACUGUGGUCGCUCCUGAGGUUCCUCUGCCCAAAUUCACAGAGCCACUGUACACUUUCUCAGCCGCUGAAGACGUUCCCGUGGGCACAGAGAUCGGAAUAGUAAGGGCCAAUUCGGACACCCCUCUCAUAUACAGCCUGGUAAACGGCAACACAGUGGACAGUAACAAGGACAAGGUUUUCAGCUUGGACCAAGAGAGCGGCACCCUGCUGGUGGAGAAGACCAUCGACCAUGAGAGGACAAAAUGGUACCAGAUUGACGUGCUGGCACAAGGGAACCAUAACGGUACCGAGGUGGCGUCUCUGGUCUCUGUCAACAUCCAGGUCCAGGAUGUGAAUGAUAACCAGCCCGUGUUUGAGGCAAACCCAUACCGGGCAUACCUGGCGGAGAACAUGCCUGCUGGUACCACCGUCAUCCAGGUGACCGCCAACGACCCGGACAUGGACAUCAACGGUCAGGUGACCUACAGCCUGGAGCCGGCGCCCGGGGGCAACCCCGCCGUCAACGACGUGUUCUCCAUUGACGGCGACAGUGGCUGGAUCACGGUGGCGCGCCCGGUGGACUGCGAGGCGGCCAGGCUGUACCGCUUCCUCGUGGUGGCCACGGACCACGGCGGCGACGCGGCACUGUCCUCCUCCGUGGCAGUGGAGGUGACGGUGACGGACGAGAACGACAACGCGCCGCACUUCACCGAGGACGUGUACCGCGGCUCCACGCUGGAGAACCGCUGGCCCAGCGGCGUCAUCGCCUCCAUGACGACCACGGACGCCGACGUCUCCCUGGAGAACCGGCUGGUGACGUGCUACAUCACAGACGGGGACCCUAUGGGGCAGUUUGCCAUCAUCCAAGAGGAAGAGGGGGAGUGGGGUCUGAUUCUGAAAGAGCCCCUGGAUAGGGAGGCGAAGGACCGGUACACCCUGCAGAUCACUGCCACUGACGGGAAGUUUCAGGCCCUAGCCACUGCCGAGGUCCACGUGCUGGAUGUCAACGACAACAGCCCAGAGUGUCAACAGCUUGUGUACACGGAGGUGGUGAUGGAGAACUCCCCGUCCAAUGUGUUCAUCCUCAAAGUGUCGGCAUCGGACCGCGAUACAGGGGCUCACGGCCUGGUCUCCUACAGCCUGCACGGCCCCGACGCAGACAAGUUCCAUCUCGACCAACAGACAGGGGAGCUCUUCACCAUGGCCGUGUUGGACCGCGAGCAAGAGAUGGAGCAUAACCUUGUUGUCAAGGCGACGGACGGCGGCGGGAGUUCGUGCCAGGCGGACAUCUUGCUGAUGAUCCAGGACAUGAACGACAACCCACCGCGGUUCUCCUCCCACCGCUACGAGGUGACCGUGUUCGACAACACCACGGUCCGAACGCCGCUCGCCGUCCUCUACGCCAAGGACACCGACACUGGAAUCAACUCUGAGGUCCGGUACACCCUCGUGAGCGGCGACGGGGGCUACUUCUCAUUGGACGAGUUCUCGGGGAUCCUGCGUCUGGAGCGCCCGCUGAGCCCCGAGACGCGGACCGCCUUCGAGCUCCAGGUGAAGGCGUGGGACCGCGGACUGCCACACCAACUCUCCUCGGUCGCCACGGUGACGGUGAACGUGGUCUCCCUGGAUGACUACCAGCCCGUCUUCCUCAGCUCCGAGUACACCGCCCAGCUCCCAGAAUCCCUUGCGGUGGGGUCGGAGGUGCUGAGCGUCUCGGCGCUCAGCGGCGGCGACGCCGGCGGUCCCGACAGGAUCCUCUACAGCAUCGUGUCCGGGAACGAAGACGGACGCUUCCUCCUGGACCAGCAUGCAGGUCUGCUGACCCUGGCGCGGGCCCUGGACUACGAGGUCCACAGGGAGUACUACAUCUCCAUCGAGGGCACGCGCGGCCGGGCGGGGCUCGGCGACAGCGCCAUGGUGAUCGUCAACGUGACGGACGUCAACGACAACGUGCCGGUGUUCCAGCGGGCCACGUACAGCGCCCACGUCCCCGAGAGCCUGACGCCAGGCAACGCUGUGCUGCAGGUGGUGGCUACAGACCGAGACGGUCCGCUCCACAGCCUCCUGCGCUACUCCAUCGUGGACGGAGACCCCCGGCAGCAGUUCUCCAUCCAUCAACGCAGCGGAGAGAUCUCCACCCGCACCGGCCUGGACAGAGAGCAGACUCCUCACUACUCCUUGACGGUUCAGGCAGCAGACGAGGGGCAUCCUCCUCUCUCCACGGCGGUCCAGGUGACCGUUACCGUCGGCGACGUCAACGACAACGCUCCUGCCUUCUCCCAUAUCACCCAUAAUCUGCUGCUGCAGGAGGGCGAGGCGGUGGGAAGCGGGGUCCUACAGCUCCGCGUGUCGGACCAAGACGAGCCCAAGAACGGGCCCCCCUUCUCCUUCCACAUCGUCAGCGGCAACGAAGACCGCCGCUUCCAGGUCGACCAGGGAGGUCUGCUGUCACUCGCUGCGCCGCUCAGAAAGAAAGUGCGCCCACGGCACCAGCUGAAGAUACAGGUGACGGACAGCGGCCACCCCCCCCUCUCCUCCAUCUGCGUGGUGAACGUCAACGUGACGGAGCAGAGCCGCUACCCGCCCUCUCUGGUCCCGUUGGAGGUCUUCAUCACCACCAAAGGGGGGCUCUUCGCCAACCGGGUCAUCGGCCGGCUGCACGCCAGCGACCAGGACCCCCAGGACGUGCUGACCUACAGCCUGGUCUCGGAGAGCCCCGCCGGGGCCCGCUUCUCCGUCGAAAGGGCCGACGGCAAGAUCUGGGCGGACGAGGCCCUGGAGCCCGGCUCGUACGCGCUCAACGUCAGCGUGACCGACGGGAAGUUCAGCGUCUGGACCGGGGUCAAGGUCCACGUGUGGGUGGCAGACCAGCGAGUGCUGGACGCCGGGUUGACCCUCCAGCUGCUGGGGAUGACCCCGGGAGAGUUCCUGGGAGAUCACUGGAGAGGCCUCCAGCGAAGCCUGGGAGUCGCCCUCGGAGUGCCCCGGCAGGAGCUGCACCUGGCCAGCCUGCAGCAUCUACCCCACUCCCAGGUCCUGGAGGCCCUGCUGACCUGGAGGUCUCUCGAUGGUUCAGUUCAGUCCCUCCCCACUACCCGUCUAGCAGGUAUUAUCUCGGACCUGGAGGACUCCCUGGGGCUCAGCAUCCAGAGUGUGAGCCAUAACGGGUGCCUGGGGACAGGGUGCCCAUCGAGGGGCUGCAGGAACGCUGUACGGCUGGCGGGAGACCGACUCAACCACUACACCACCGCCAGAGCCAGCUUCAUCACCCCUCACCACGCCUGGGAGAGUGUGUGUCCGUGUAACGGCUCGGCGCUGAGGUUCACGGGCGAGGGCUACGUCAGGUACCUCCACCACAUGGACGAGGACUCCCAGGCCUUCCGGCUCUCGCUGAGGUUCAGGACCUUCCAGAAACAGGGACUCCUCAUGGCCACCAACGCCAGCGACUGGGGCACCUUGCAGUUGACCAACGGGGAGCUGCAGUUCCAGUACCGCUGUGGCAGCGGCCUGCCGGGUUCCCUGGUCUUGCGGGCGGUGCCGGUGUCGGACGGCCGCUGGCACCACCUGCAGCUGGUGGUCAACUCCACCCGCAUGUGGCUGACCCUGGACUACGAGCACACCGCCUCCAACGCCACCGAGCCCUGCCGCAUGAUGCGCUCCCACGGCGCUCUGCUCCUGGCCUCCGCCACCCCCGACGCCCCCCCCGGCGCCCGGGAACUCCCGCCCGCUUUCAUUGGCUGCCUCGAGGGCCUCGAGUUCAACGGGCAGCCGGUCAAGGCGGGGGACGCGGGUCAAUGGGCAGGGCCCGGCCUCAGGCGGGUGUUCGGGGCGUACCAAUGUUGCAACCCGCUAGGGGGGUGCUCCCCUGGCCUGUGCCUGAAUGAAGGAGUCUGCGAGGAGACGGCUGAGGGAGAGCCGCAGUGCCGUUGUCCCGGGAACCACCACGGCCCACGAUGCUCGCUCGCAGACAACCCCUGCCUGUCCCAGCCGUGCACACAUGGGGCCGUGUGCACACCCAAGCCCGUGGGAUACUUCUGCAAUUGCUCCCAGGACAUCCCUGGCGCACGGUGCCACAACCUGAUCGAUGGAUGUUCCCCGAGCCCCUGUGGAGGGGGGCAUGGCUGCAAGUUAAUUGAGGGGUAUGCCCACUGCGACCCCCUGCCCCUGGUGUCGACUAUGAUUGGCAUGGUGGAGAUCAUGGAGAUCUGCGCCUGCGUUCUGGGCCUGCUCCUCCUCGUCGCCGGCUUCGUGUGCGUGCGGAAGCGCUACGUCAGCCACAAUAAGAAGAAACCCAAGUGUGUCCAGGACUCCAACGGCUACUCCCAGCCUAGUCUGACCAAGAGCAUGAUGAAGGACCCCCCGGAGGGGUACCCCAUGGAGAUGAGCUCCUUGGCGCACUCCCCCACCUCCAACGACCUGGACAGCACCCCCUUCAGGUCGCUGCGGCCGCGCAGCCAGAUCAUCUCGGCGGGGGGCGGGGUCCCCUGCUGCCCGAGGCCUCAGGGGCCCGUGGUGUGCAGCGUGGCCCCCAACCUCCCGGCCAGACCCCCGUCCAGCUCCGACAAUGACUCCAUCAGGAAGAACCAGUGGGACAUGGACUACGAAGUGUACCCGGCCGACCCGGACUACUUCGGCCACCCCGCCGCGCGGGGCUUCCCCCAGUUCGACAUCGUGGAGGACGCCUACUCCACCGGCACUACCGACUCCCGUCGCAACUCCCGCUUCGGGGGCUUCCCCUUCCCCCUGGAGCGCAGCGACCGCCGGGCGCCGCUGCCCCCCUGCUAUAGCAACCAGAACCUGGACGACUUCCUGGGGCCGGACGGCCUGCCGCUGCCCAGAGCCCAGUGCCCCAACGAGUACACGGCCGUCAGCUACUACCCCAGCGCGCGCACACGCAGCCUGGACAACGUGUCGGGCGGCUACAAGAGACUCAGCAUGCGUCUGAGCAUGGCCAUGCCGUCGUACGCCGAGGACGACAGCCUUCCGCCGCUGCCGUCGCUGCCCUCGCCGCCGCCGCCGCCGCCGCCGCCCAUAAAGGGCACCAAGGCCCAGACCCGGCCCGCGGGGCAGACCCCCAGGGUCUCCUACGGGGGCUCGGACCUGGUGGAGAGCGACUACGGAAGCUCCGAGGAGGUCAUGUUCUAGUGGGAUGCGUUCUGUUCUCUUUGAGUCCCGCCCGCGGCGGACAGGACGCAGGGUGAACCAGCGGGGGGGGGUCGGUUGGAGGUUCACAAACGUUUCUCUGCCUGAGGGAGGCUUCAAACCUCCUUCCCCAGAACAGCGUUAGCGACAGCUGAUGGUUAACAACAAAGGAGAAGAGGUCUGCUACCCUUCAUAACAGAGUCACAAAGAAAGUGUAGCAGACUGCUACAGAAGAAGUUUGAGUUUUCAGGUCAGAAGCCAGCCCCUGCUAUAUCGCACCUUUUGUGUCUGCUCAACCCCUCCCCCACCAAGUGGGAAUGAAUGAACCAUUGAUUACCAUUUAGGAAAUGCAUUAUUUUUUUUUGUUACAUCGAGAGUAGUGGAAACCACGUAGAAACCACUUGCAGGGGUCAUAGUGGCCUGAAUGAAAAAAAAACUUCAAUUUAGUCCAUUCCAUUUAUCCAUGUGUUGUGUUUGUUCUAUGAAUUAGUGAUGCGUGUGCUCUGAGUUAAAUAUGUUUGUGCUUUGAUGCAAAAGCAGAUUUGGAUGGAUUUGGAUGGCUUGGAUGUUGUUGCUCUAGCAGUGGCUGCUACCGGCUCUUAAAGUUUUUGGAUUAUAACAAUCCUUUGUCGAUCUCGUCGUCAGGGAUGGUUGCAUUUCAAGAAAGAAUUAACAUAGCUUGUGUUUGCAUUUGUAUGAUUCAUAUUUUUGGUAAAAAAAUAAAGAAAAAAAAGGAAAUAUAAAUGGAAAUUACAGAGCUAAAAAGGGGGGGGUUGUAUCUAUAGCUUCUACACGUUUCUAUGGCACAUCUGGACUUAAGUGAAUUACAUUUCAUGCUGAAACAUUUCAUCGAAUGGCCUGUCCUUGUGGUUGAAUAACACGGGGCUGGAUCCUCGUGGCUAUCUUAGAGAAAACAUUCAUACCCAGGACUAAAUAAGUAUUGGAAUAGAUGUGUUGCCUCUGUAAAUACCAAAGCUUUUAUUUUCUACUGUGCUCUUAUUAUUUCCUCGAUUUUUUUAAUUGGUGUGCGAUGGUGAACUGUGUUUAGUUACAGUAGUAGAUAAACGUAUGCGCACAAAAAGGGAGCUACUCAGCAAUAGAUCAAAUAAAUUCCCGCCCCCCACUUCAUAGCUCGAUAUCAGCGCAGGAACCCCGAAGAAAACCAGUUCAAAGCCCUGGAGUAAUGUGGAUCAAAUAAGAGGUCUUGUUUACUUGAGCCCAUGCAUACAAGCCCCAUUAAUACGGCUGAUCAAGUACCUCUUCCAGAGACACCAAAACAGAAACGUUUAGAACUGUUAUCGUUGAGCAUUAUUAGUCGUAUUAAAGUGGUCAGGUUUGAUAUUGUAGUAGCCUAGGCGUCUUAAAAGGAAAGCAACUGAAAAUGUAACAUUAUUGAUCAUCAACCAUUUAACAUUUAACAAAUUCAUCAGUUGUAGAUACACUUAUUUCACUAAGUUAACGCAAGGCAUAAUGUUUAGGCAUAUCAAGGACAAUUUUUGAUCUUCUCAGGUACGCUUAAUGGUACGCAUACUCUGUGGAGGUGACUUAUCAGAAAAAUAUCUGUGGACCUACCUGUGUGCACGAUGCCCUUUGAUGUUAUCUAAUCCAUGUAGUUAAAACAUACAACAAGCGCACAUAAAUUACACAUCUAAGUAAUUUUGGCAAUAAAACAAAUGUCCGUAGA